UUUACAGUAUUAUCUGUGGUUCAACCAUUGAACUGGGGAUUACUCGAGAUUUAUUAUUCGAAAGUAUCCGACAAGAAAGAGACAGAUAGAUAGAUUUAAUAUUUGUGUUGACGAAUUGAUUCAGUCGUCUGCGAAAUGCCAGUCGUUAGUGAGUUGUCCAACCUAAAACAUCAUUAAUUCAUUUUCGUUGUGAUUUUUGGGGGAUUUUUUCCGCUAGAUUUUUUUCUCAGUGAAUAUUUCAUAAGAGAUUUUCGUUUGGAAUAACUCUUGGAACCUUUCUAAGACAAUUCUCUCUAAGUUUAACCAACCGAGUGGUCUCAACGUGCCCAUAACGAGAUAAGAAAACACAAACGCACCUAUUCCUCCCAGGAGGACGCAAACGUCAGAAAGACGUCUCAAAGAGGUCUCCUCGGACAUGAGCUAACAUACCUAGUGCAGACGAGUUUCCGUCGUGACAAAAUUAAAAGACCAGCGUUGUGUGUUGAAGUUGAAGAGAUAUGUGAGCGCUCCACGUUGACAGCACGAGUUAAGUGAAAUUGUACUUCAUUUAAUUCUGAUUAAUCGAAUGGAGGAACAUGAGACACGGAAAAUCAGGCACGAGCUUCAAUUGGCAGCCGAGCGUGGACAAUUGCAGGUCUGGAUGCUGGAGUUAUUUAAUUUCUCCAGUAAUUUUCGCUGGAUGUACAUGGAUCUACAAUCUUCGGUGACCCGUGCAAGGUCGCAAGAUGGCAGCGACGAGGAAGACGGGGACGACGGGGGGUAAACUUCAACCCCCUGUUCUCAAGUUUAUUCAAAUACUCGUGUGUGUGUGUGGGUGCUCUCACGUUGGCGACUUGGAGAUGUCAGAAGUACGAAAUACCAGUGGGGGUGGACAACAAAAGGGGGUUAAGAAGAUGAACGAUACCAUCCGACAAAAAGUUUUACCCGCUCCAACCAUAUUUCUCACUCAGUUCCUUUUUAUCGCGACGUGCCUUUUUUUUUCGCAACAACAACGUGCGUUUAUUUUUCACCGACACUGAAUAUUUUGUCGAACUGGAGUUCCAGAAACGGCAAUUGUGAUGACCACAUUCGACAGGAAUGGAUCUAAUUUGCUGAGUCAAGUUCAAGCUUAAUGUUGACAUUUUGGUCUGAUCAUGUGUGGCAAGCAAACGACAACACUAAACCUGGGUACACUAGCCUCUCCAGUGACACGCCACACAGGACUGCUCUAAUAUAAGGACCGACAUGAGUAAAUAAUUACACGAGCUCAAGGUUUAUUUACGCCCCAGUGAAACCGGCAAUUUUACAUCAGACGAUCGUUGGAGAUAAUUAAGGGGACAGUGAAGCAGGAUCGGGAAUUAUGAUCAGUAAACUAUUCGAACUGAUGGAACGAGCUGAUCUAACGAUUCGUUUCCCUCAGGCAUUUAUCGAAGAGAAAAUAAUGAAAAGCAGUGAUAAAGAGAUAAGCCAUGAGGGAAAGGAUUUUAAUUGGGAAGUGGGACUGAUCAAGACAGGACUGAAGCUAGUGGGUCUCUGGCCCAAAGCCGCACACCAAACCUUCCUCUUCAUCUUGAACCAACUGAUGCAGAAUUACCUGUUGGGUGUAUUCCUCCGGAGUAUUAUCCUGGAGCCAUCGGUAUCCAGAAAAAUCAACAAGAUCUUCGUGCUGACGGGAAUUAUCCUGACCUGCGUCAAUCACUUUAUCUUCAGACUUCAGUGGUGCAGCGUCAGACCGUUGAUAGAGAGUAUUCAACGGAAUUGGAGGGACCUGGAGGGAUCAUCCAAGGAUAUCAAGGACAUCAUGGUGUUAUAUGGAUCGUUGGAGAGACGCAUCACGCGUUGCAUAUGCAUCGCCGUCGGUGUAUCUUUAGUUGUCUUCACACUUCAGCCUGUCAUCCUCCACCUAGUUUUACCUUCAAAAUUCAACCUUGAACACCCGAGUAAUCCCCGUCAUCCAUUCAACGCAACAGCAUCGCCGGUGUUCGAAAUAGUGUACAUAAUUCAGGGUGUUUUCAACUGUUCAGCGGCUUUGAUAUUUGCAUCUAUUGAUUGUUGCAUUAUAUGGAUGAUUUUUCAUUGCUGCGGUCAGCUUGAAGUACUCGAAUACAUGAUGAAACGAUUUCGAGGGACUCGUCAUCACUCUUCUGGGUCAGUUGAUGAUGAUCCCGUGAUCGUGGGCUGCAGCUGUUUGCAAUGCAUUGUUCAUCACCAUUUGCAGAUAUUCAAGAUUAUCUCUCUGUUCGAUGAUGCAUUUCACGUGACAAUGCUUGCCAGAAUCAUUGUUUGCACUGUGCACUUCACUUCUAUUGGGUAUACAAUAGCCAAGCUGAGAGAGGACGGCAAUUUUGCCUUUUUACUGGUCCACAUUUUAUUCCUAUUAACUAUGAACAGCAGUCUCUUCGUUUACUGCUGGGUCGGGGAUAAAUUGAGAGAGAAGAGCGCCAAUAUCGCAGAUGCUGCAUUCAAUCGGUAUUUAUUUGUCAACAAGGAAGUGAGUAAAGAUUUGAUCGUAAUUAUACGUCAGACGCAAGUAAGACCCUGUCACAUCACCGCUGGAAAAUUCUUCGUCAUGUCACUCCACCUCUUCAAAGAGUACAUUUUCAAGUCAAUAUCUUAUUUAUCAGUGGUCAUUGCUUUGAGGUUCAAUGACAAGUACUGAACUAUUCAGUUUGAAGUUUCGGCAACUCGAGCUUUUAUCGCUUGUACAAUGCGCGUUGGAGUUGUUCGCUAUUGUUCUGUAUUAGCUAGGGUUACAAUAGUUUUUGGAAAGUGCUAUUAUGGGAUAACUGUUGUGGUGAGUCUUUCAUGCGUUCAUACGUGGGGGAAUAAUGUUGGUUGAAGUACUCAGUAAAAUCGUCCAGCCGCAAAAUCUAUAGUCCAUUCAAUUUGCGAAAUAACUCAAUUUGAUUAGUGAAUACCUAAUUCACGAAAUUCAAUCCUUAUCAUGAUGGUUGGUGUGUAGUAUCAGGCCAAUCUAAUUAUGCAUUUCGGGUUUCUAUGGGGCUACUGUUUCGAUCGAUCGGCAAUUCUAAUGUUACGUCCUGGAGGCAACUCCUAGAGAGAUAUUAUCACAUCGACUUCACAUUACGGAAUUCCAUUCGGUUAAUAUCGCCCCUAUCAUUACUGAAUUAACUCUCAAUACCAAGCGGAUCUAUAACCGCAGUCCAUUACAUAAAACAAAAUUAAAAUGCUUAUCGUCAUUCUUAAUUAAUUGACAACUAAUCGUUUAAAACUCUAGCCAAAUUGCGAAUUCCAAAAUCGUAAAAAAAAGGCGUAUUAAUCUCACGAAAUUUUACGUCAGGACUUCUCAUUUUUUAUUUAUCGUAACAGUUUUUAUCGUGAUUACAAAUUAAUUACUCAACUUGAAAACUUUAUUUGAAAGUUUGUUAAUUGAUAUUAAAGGGUUCUUCAUAUUUAAAUUGUCUAUUAGUUAGAUUGCUGAUCGAUACAGCAGACGUUUUUGGUAUCUGCGAGUAACCCAUAACAAAAUUGAGGUACUUUUAUAUUUAUUUCGCAACAAGCUAAGCCAUUGUUGAAGGGCUUAGCAACAGAAUCCCAUACGAUGACACGUACUUAGUGUACUGCACAUUUACGUAAUAAUUCGAUAUAAUUCGGAUAAUUCGAUCAGAUGAAAAUCAGAUCAGCCUUACGGUUCAGCUCUCAUAGCGUGAAUCAAAUUAAUUCACUGUGAAUAAAUCUAUUCUGUUUAAUCCGUCGAAUCGAGUGUUGUAUGUUACUGAAUUCAUCGAUUCAAUACGAAUCCCCUGAAGAUAGUAAAAGAGAAAUAUCUGAAGGAAAAUUCGGGGAGAAAAAGAAUUCAAUUCAAUUUCAAAAGAAUUUAAUUGCAUUAUAAUAUAGAGAUGCCAAAUUCAUAAGGUGCAUUCCAUAUAUUUUUUUGGAAUGUGGAAUUAAGGAAUUGAUCUAUUCACUUUUAUUAUCCGAAUCUAUAGUGAUUUACAGUUUAUUAUAGGAUAUUAAUUUAAAAAAUUAUAUAUACGGGGAUAAACAAUUAAAAAUCGGUUCAACUGACAUCGAAACGCCGAAAAGAUCGAACUAUUAAAAUAAUAUGUAAUAUUGUUAAUUAAAAUUAAUGUAGAUCUGUAAUUUGAAUUUUUAACUUCAACGAUUUCAUGCUGCCAUCUACUUCAGUUCUUCCGAACAAUUGAUCUUCAAUCCUUUAUUGUUGUCAAUAGAUGGCAGAGAAAAUGUGUUUAAAGUUCAAAU